AUUUUGGAAGCUCAACGGCGUCCGUGCUUACUAAGACUGUUCCUCGACUGCGUUUACUACUUCUAAACGGCGGAGAUGGCUUUGUUCCCGCUGCUCUACCGAGACACUUGGGGCCCGUCGGACCUGGCGCGCCGCUUUUUCAACGACGAUUUCGGUCAAAUCCUGCUCGACGGUGAGUUGUUCGAACCACCCUUCUUCCAUCAGCGGUUCUACGUGAUGCCUUCGAACCGCGGAAGUUCGAACGCAAGCCAGGCCUUGGCCCAACAGGGUUCCGCGGUCGCCUGCACUCCGGACAAGUUCGCCAUCAACGUCGACACCCGGCACUUCGCUCCCGAAGAAAUCACCGUCAAGACUCAGGACAACUGCGUCGUCAUUCACGGCAGGCACGAAGAGAAGUCCGACGACCGCGGCUGCUACAUCAAGCGCGAGUUCACCCGACGAUACGUCCUUCCCGAAGACGUCGACCCCGAGACCGUCAAGUGUCAGCUCAAUCCGUCGGGCUACCUUUCCCUCGAAGCUCCUCGCAAGAACGGUCCUAAGAAAGUGGAAGACGCGAACAAGCCUAUCCCCAUCGAAGUCGGUCACGAAUCCAGCGCAGGCGGAGACAAGAAGUCGGCUUAAUCCCAAAAAACAUCCUCGAUUUUAUUCGUUUCCGCGGAUACGUGUGACGAACGUUAACGUGAAGGUGGCGUCGUCCCUGUGAAAGACACCUCAUUUUUACCAUUUGGUCAAAUUAAACGCGGAAUGCGCGAUAUCCGGCCAUUCAAAAGCUAAUUUGCCAAAACUGGAAUUUGUCGAUAAAUUGCGGUAAUGAUACGUGAGGAACUGCAUGGAUCAUUAGUAUCGUGCUGGUGUUUAUCCACACAUUAACAAUACGUACAUGUACAAACAUAGCGAUUUUAUUUUAUUUAAGCAUGGGAGACGUUUGCGGGGAGGUCUUCGCGUUCGAGAGGGCGUUUGUGAUAACUAAGGCGUCUGUUGUCUUCCCGAUAGUUAUUGUAGUACAUGUGAUGUAACGCGUAUUUUGUUCCUAAUAAAGUUUAUUCUCAAAGUUAA